AUGAAUUCUGCUAUCAACUCAAAUAAAGAAAAUGUUGGCGAUGUUGCGAAUGAUGUGUUGCAUAAUAAUAUUAUUGAUGCUACUAACAACGAAUCCUUUGUUGCUAGGGGUGAAAUAACAUCAACAAUAUUGAACAAUGGUGUUAAAGUUCAUUUCCCUCGGGCUUAUUCCCAGCCACAAUUCUUUAAAGUUGAGGCACCUGAUGUGAAAAUUGUACUCGAAAACUGUUCUCCAGAGAAUCGUUGCGAAAUAAUAUCAACAAAACUAAGAAGUGGCAUCAAAAUUCAUCUUCCACUCAUCGAAUCAAAUACCUUGUUAACAUCUGCUACAAAUAUUAAAUCUGUAAAUGAUGAUUUUUUUUCAAACCAUGAGGAAGUCGAUAUUGAAAAUAAAACUAUUUGUGCAAAUACUGAAUCUGAAGAUUCUUUAGUUCCUAUUGAUGAUAUCACCACUAAAGUUAAAACUAUAAAAAGAAAUUUAUUUUUCGAUGGCAAACCACAAACCGAUAAAAAAAUUAAAUUAGUAUCCAACAUUUUACUUCGGAAGUCAGAUGAAGAAACGUUUAAAAAUGAAAAAGUCACCAAAGGACUUUGUUACAAUUGUGUAAAAAAUAUUACAUCGUCCAGAUGUGGAGUUCGAUGUUUAACUUGUCUUCGCACAUUUCACUUCAUAUGUGCAAACACAAUCCAGGAUGGAUUAAAAUCAAAAACUUUUAAGUGUAAAAGUUGUGUGUCGAGUGAUCCUUAA